AGUGCAAUAAGAAUAAAAUAUACACUACAAAUGUACUGCACUUUGUUUAUCACCAAAACAAUAACAAAUAGUGAAUUUUUUUAUAAACAAAUUUAACAAAAUCAAUAAAUUUGUAUGCAUUAUUGAGCAAAGAAUUAAAGUAAAAUUAUAAUGCAGAAUUUUGAUAUGAAUAUGGAUUUUUUAUUUGCACUACUACCACCAUCAAAUUUUCAAAUGACCGAUGAACAAUUAGUAUUAUGGCAACAUAAUGCUAUUUUUGAGUGCGAAUGUGAUAAUUUUAUAAAUCGACGCAUUGAAGCUGAUCGUCAGGAACGGGCCGAGUAUUUGAGUAACUAUGCUAUAAAUACUGCCAUACAACAGCACGGUCUACAGAGAAGGCGUCGCCGGAGUGAGGGUAACGAGAAUGAUGGAAGUGUUUUUAUUGUCCAUCCACCAGCCAGACGACCACAUUUAAGUCCUCUUUACUAUGAGGUGUAUGAAGAUGCUGUCGCAGAAGCCAUACGUGAAAGAGGUUUAGUAUUAAGAGGCAGACCUUAAAAAUGAUAAUUAUAUAUUUUAAAAGAACAACAUUUCAACUUAAACUGUGCAAUAUGCUAUAGAAUUGUGAAGAAGUUUUAAACAAAUGAAAUACCAGUGUGUGAUGAAUUUCUAUAGUAUAAUAUACACGUGGAAUUAGAACAUCUAAAUGUGAUGAUUUAUGUUCUUUUUUUUUAUUUGUUUUCCCUUAAAACUAAGAGUUAAAGACGAUUUUAGCGCGGUUUUUUGUUAUAAUUCAACGAAAUUUUAAUCUAUGUUUUUAUCUUGGUAAUUUAAGUUGUGAAAAUAAGUAUAUGUAUAGUACAUAUUUACAUAAUAUAGCUCUUUAUACAUACUUAGUAAGAAAGCAUAUAAAAUAUCUGUGUGAAUUUUUAAUAAAAUAGACUUUUUUUCUAAACAAAAA